AUGCUUUUCACAUUUUUAGCAGCAUUUCAGCUCCUAGUCUCCGUGCACGCGUUUCUGUACAGUUUAGCUUCCAAAAACUCUUCAGAUGUUACUAAUUCCACAAACUUAAAUGACACUACAGGCACAUAUCCACAUAUUCUUCGAGGAGUCAACCUCGGUGGAUGGCUCGUUCUCGAACCCUAUAUUACACCUUCUCUUUUCCUCGAGUUCAACAGCACAAAUGGUACAGAAAAAGAUAUACCAGUGGACGAAUACCACUACUGGAAGAAACUCGGUAAAGAAGAAGCUGAGGUUCGUCUAAGAAAACAUUGGGACAAUUUCUAUACAGAAAAAGACUUUUCAGACAUCAAGGGUGCUGGGCUCAAUAUGGUUCGGAUUCCAGUUGGGUAUUGGGCGUUUAGCACGCUAAAAAGUGACCCAUACAAGUCUGAUAUCCAGCAAGAAUAUUUGGAUCGAGCAAUAGAAUGGGCUCACAAAUACGGACUCAAAGUGUGGAUUGACCUUCAUGGUGUACCUCAGUCGCAAAAUGGAUUUGAUAACUCGGGGUUGCGGAGUAUUGGGUACCCUGGAUGGUUCAAUCACACCGAAAAUAUUGAUCUUUCCAAAAAAGUUCUCCACAAGAUUUUUUCAAAGUACUCUGGCAACUUCAGCGCGGAAUACCCUGGCACCAUAAUUGGAAUUGAGCUAGUAAACGAGCCGCUUUCCACCAAACUUUCGUUAAAGAAACUCAAAAGCUUUUAUGAAGACGUUGUGGACGAUUCCAAGAAAGUCAAUCGGGCCAGCCAUACUCUCGUCAUUCAAGACGGGUUCCAGAAAAUUGGGUACUGGGACGAGUUCAUGACCAGCGAGAACAUAUUGAUUGACCACCAUCACUAUGAGGUGUUUUCCAGCUCGGCGCUCAACAUGCUGACCGCAGACCAUCUCAAAUCGAUCCAAAAUUGGAGUGCCGAUGUGAAAAAAGAGCUCAAGCAUCACCGUGCAAUAGUUGGCGAGUGGCUGGCAGCACUCACCGAUUGCACCCCCUGGCUCAAUGGGGUCGGGUUAGGAGCAAGAUACGCAGGCGAAAAGCCGUACAACAAUAAGAAAAUUGGUACUUGUGCGGACAUCAAUGACUGGAGUAAAUGGUCGCUGCAAAAAAAGAAAAAUUACCGAAAAUUCAUAGAGAUGCAACUAGAUCAGUACGAGCGGAACGCAAAUGGCUGGAUAUUCUGGUGCUACAAGACAGAAACCUCAAUUGAGUGGGAUUUUAGCCGGUUGGUCGAUUUGAAGUUGAUGCCGCAGCCAUUAUCGGAUCGCAAGUUUAUCGUCAACGGACAAGAUCCGGACGCCAAGAAGGGAGAAUCCGGCGAUUUAGCUAUGAACAAGUGGAUGUUGUUUAUAUUGGCAGUGCUAAUGCUGAUCAUUUGA